AUGUCGGCUAUGAUAUAUACCAGGAAAUUGAGAGUUAUAAAUCCGGAGCCGCUAAGGUUACCGGGUGCAGAGAUGGCCUAUGCUACCUCAGUGAGGUACCUGGGUGUUCAACUGGACGCCAAACUCUACUGGAGGGAGCACAUAGAGACACAGAUGAGCAGGACGUAUGCCUCACAGUGGGCAUGUAAAAGAGCCAUGGGCAGAGACUGGGGCUUUAGCCCAAAGAUCAGUCUAUGGUUGUACAAGAUGGUUCUGCUGCCGAGGCUGAUGUACGCCGCUGUAGUCUGGUGGCCCAGCGCGAAGAGGGUGGAGAUAAGGAACCGGCUAACAUGCCUGCGGCGAAAUUUUCCGAGGGCAGCGACCGGGGCCAUGAGAACGAUACCCACGGACCCCCUGGACGUGCCUUCACUUGAUCAUCUUGUGGUGAGUAGGGCAGAAUCAACAGCUUAUAGACACAUGUGCCAGGGGAAAUGGAUGCAAGCGGAAGCGGCACACGUCAAGCUUGAGAUCCUCAAGAAAAAUCGCUGGAACAUGUAUCGAGAUAGAAUGACCAAGAAGUACCAAAUCAGGAAUGCCUUUAAAACCUACAUCCCUGAGAGGGAGAACUGGGAAACUGUAGAGAAAACAGGCACCAAUGUCAGGCACUGGUAUACAGAUGGCUCAGGAUACAGAGGCUACUUUGGAGCAGGACUGUACGGGCCAGAGGAAAACUACAGGUGCAACUGGUCCUUAGGGACUAUGGCCACCGUAUUCCAAGCGGAACUUCCGCCAAUCAAAAAGUGCUCAGAGCUUUUGGUGUCCUAG